UUAUGUAUGUUAUACUGUAUAUGUCUCUGAGUUUAUCUAUGUAUGCAUCAUCCAAACUGUUCUUGAGCGCAGGAAUGUGCUGAGCAGAGGAGAUGCAGAGAGCUGGCCGAAGCGUCUACCUUUUACCGUGCAGUGUACUCAGAGAUAGAGGAGGUUGGAUGGGAGCAUCUGGUGAGGUUCUGUGGAGAUCUAACAUCUCUCAGCUUUCGGAUCUUAGAUGGCAAGGGGAAAAUGCAUAUUAUUGAGAUUCAAUUGGAUAAAACCCAUCCUAAAUGCCCUCCUUCAAUUUCAGCAGAUGUACCAUAUAUGUUUGAUUUAAAAUGGUCAACACACUCAAGAUUGAAAGAUGUGGUGCAAAAGUUUAAAAAGCAUCUGGAGAAGCUUCAGGCAUUUUGGUCUACUUUGGAUGAUAUUGACAGGUCCCUUUGGGUUGUUGAUCCUAAACAAGCAUCUCCUUCUGUAUCCUAUCGCCAGAUCAAUAUGGGAAAUGAUUGCUUCAUCAUGUUGUCUAUUAAUGCCUUUGAUCCUAGAUCUUUACCAGAAUGUCGUUUUAUUGGUUCAGGUCCAAUUGUGAACUUGUUGAGAAAUAGAUGGCGAAGAAAUGGCAAAAGAUGGAUAAAAGACAAACAAUUUCUAGAAAAUCUUAAAUGUCUUUUGGAGACUCAACUGCCAAUUCCCCCUGAUGUCCAGAAGAAUGAGCAGCAAGUUGAAUGCGGAAUUUGUUAUGCUCAGAGUCUUCCUAUUGAUGAAGAGCUCAGACAUAAGAGUGGAACUGGGACUGACUAUACAUGCGACAAUACCAGUUGCAAAAGGGCUUUCCAUAGCAUAUGUCUUGUGGACUGGUUGCGUUCUAUCACCACAACAAGACAGUAUGUUAAGUUUCUUGUAUCACAGUUAACUUCUGCUGGUUUAUGCAUGAAUGUAGCCUUAGUUGUCUUUUGUAAUAUUUUGUAACAGAAAUUGUGGGUUGAGAUUAAAUAUGGCAUAUUUCAAGUUCAAUAA